AUGGAGGGUGAUGAUGUUCUCUUGGCAGACAUAGAUGUCAAAGUGGCUCCAAAAAGAGAGGAAUGGAUGACAACUCUACCUCCUGAAAGAAAACCUGGUAUGACUAUGCAAUCAACAAAGUUUAGCCGGAGUUCUAAAGAAGGACGUGGUGAUACUAGCAUCUGGACAGAUACUCCUUCUGAGAAAGCUCAAAAGGCUAAAAUGAAUUACCUAGAAGCCUACAAUGAGGCUUCAGCACUUGCGUCGAAUGAAGAAGAAAAGAAAAGAACAAAUUCAGAUGCAGCACUGGUGGAUCAGUACAAUAAAGCGAAACGGUCAAAAUCUAUGGUAGAAAAGCAUAAAGAGGCAUCUCGGAGCCAUUCGAAGAAAAAAUCAAGGCCGGAGGCGCUGACAGAAGAGUGGGAGGGGAAUCACCCAUGGAAGCCUUGGGAUCGGGAAAAGGAUUUGACUGCUGGACGGCAGAGUGUCAAAUUAGAUGCUGAAAACAUGGCUCAAGGUCUGUCUUCCAGAUUUUCUUCUGGAUCAUAUCAGAGAAACUUCCUAUAG